AUGUCGCAGACCGACGACGCCAAACAUGAAGAUGAUAUUCAAUAUGGCUCGGUGGGCGUGACCCGAGAAGAGUUGGAAGAAAAAUAUCCCAAUCGUCCGAGGAACCACUCCAAGACGCUUGUAUUCUCUGAACUCUUUCGAGAAGUCUUUAACCCACUCAGCGAGAACAAGAAGCAGAAUGCCACAGGCGCAGGCCCUAGAAAGGCCUUCCGUGGUGUAAACAAGCUUUCCCCUCAUGAACAGCGUCGACACAUUAUCGAGCGUUUCAUCAUUCGAUGGCGCAAAGAAGUUGGUCCUGACUUCUAUCCUGCUUUGCGCUUGAUUCUCCCAGACAAGGAUCGCGACCGUGGAGUUUAUGGCCUCAAAGAAAACACGAUUGGGAAAUUGCUCGUUAAACUUAUGAAGAUCGACAAAAACUCAGAAGAUGGAUACAACCUGCUGCAUUGGAAGUUACCUGGCCAGACCUCAGCAUUGCGCCUGGCGGGUGACUUUGCUGGACGUUGCUUUGAAGUCAUCUCCAAGCGGCCAAUGCGGACCCGGGUCGGUAGCAUGACGAUUGCCGAAGUAAAUGAGCAACUGGAUAAACUGGCUGCAUCAGCGGGAGAAGCAGAGAAUCUGCGUGUUUUUGAGACUUUCUACAAUCGCAUGAACUCCGAAGAGCUCAUGUGGCUCAUCCGAAUCGUCCUCAAGCAAAUGAAGGUUGGUGCUACAGAGAAGACUUUCCUGGACCUCUGGCACCCUGAUGGUGAUGCUCUGUUCAGUGUAUCAUCGAGUUUGAGACGUGUGUGCUGGGAAUUGCACAACCCAGAAAUCCGUCUUGAGCAGGAUGAGACAGGUGUUGCUCUAAUGCAAUGUUUCCAACCGCAGCUCGCUCAAUUUCAGAUGCCCGCGUCUUUCCAGAAAAUGAUUGAGCUUCUUCGACCGACCGAAGAAGAUCCAGAAUUUUGGAUCGAGGAAAAGCUCGACGGUGAGCGUAUGCAAGUGCAUAUGGUCCAGGACAAGAGCCAUCCUGGUGGCAGGAGAUUCUGUUUCUGGUCAAGGAAAGCCAAAGAUUACACAUAUCUUUACGGCGAUGGCCUUCAAGAUGAAAACUCAAGUCUUACAAGGCAUCUCAAGGACGCCUUCAAAUCGGGUGUCAAGAACUUAAUUCUGGACGGUGAGAUGAUCACUUGGGAUAUGGGUGUCGACAAGAUAGUGCCUUUUGGCACCCUCAAAACAGCCGCAAUCUCAGAACAGCAAAACAAGUCGGAUACGGACUCAGCUGGUCAUCGCCCAUUGUUCCGAGUCUUCGAUGUUCUUUACCUUAACGGUAAACCUCUAACGCAAUACACUUUGAGAGAUCGGCACCGAGCUUUGGAAAAGGCCAUAAAGCCCGUUUAUCGCCGACUUGAGAUCCAUAACUACACCAGCGCAACAAGUGCCGACGCCAUAGAGCCUCUUCUACGUGAAGUUGUUGCCAAUGCGUCUGAAGGCCUCGUGCUGAAGAAUCCACGAUCCAUGUACCGCCUCAAUAGCCGGAACGACGACUGGCUCAAGGUGAAACCUGAAUACAUGUCCGAGUUUGGCGAGUCCCUGGACUGUGUCAUUAUUGGUGGCUACUAUGGCUCGGGCAAGCGAGGUGGCGGAUUGUCAAGUUUUCUUUGUGGGUUGCGUGUUACUCAGAAUCACAUCCAAGCCGGCGCCAAUCCUGAGAAGUGCUUCAGUUUCUUCAAAGUUGGUGGCGGCUUCCGAGGAGAAGACUAUGCAGAGAUCCGACACAGAACAGAAGGGAAAUGGAUGGAGUGGGAUCAAAAAAACCCACCCUCAGAAUACAUUGAGCUUGGAGGAGGUGAACAGAGGCAAUAUGAGCGACCUGAUGUUUGGAUCCGACCCAAGGACUCUGUUGUUGUUUCUGUCAAAGCUGCCAGUGUUGGACCUUCAGAUCAAUUUGCUCGUGGUUUUACCCUGCGUUUUCCACGAUUCCGACGUCUCCGAUUGGAUCGAACGUGGAAUACCGCUCUCUCGCUUGAAGAGUUUCAGGAGUUGAAGCAAAAAGUUGACGAGGAAUCAAAAGAGAAAGCGAUGACUGUCGAGGACAGGAAGCGGCGCAAUCCUAAACGAAUCAAGAGAGAACUUACCAUUGCCGGAGAAGAUACGAUAGCGGCUGAAUUUGUGGGUGAAACGACCAAGCUAUUCGAGGGUCUGGAAUUCUGUGUCCUUUCUGAAUCACUUAAGCCCUACAAGAAAACAAAAACCCAGCUUGAGGCCAUCAUCAAGGAGAAUGGUGGUACCGUCUCUCAAAGAGCUGCACCUGGAACCAAUAUGGUUCUUCUUGCAGACAAAAAGGUGGUGAAGGCUGCAAGUCUCAUCAAAGGGGGAAACGUCGACAUUAUCCGCCCCAAAUGGCUUAGAGACUGCUUGGAGCAGGACUUGGGAGCGUUUCUUUUGCCAUUUGAGCACUCACACCUGUUUCACGCUACUGAUGCGUUGAAGCGGGCGGCGGAAGCAAAUACAGACCAGUUUGGAGAUAGCUACGCGCGAGACCUAUCCAUCGAAGAACUCAAACAAGUCAUGGAUGAUAUACCCAAGAUAGAGGAUGGCAUACCUUUCGACAAGAGCGGAUUUCUGCAACAGCUUGAGGAGCACGGCAAGGACCUGACAAAUCUGAGAGGCUUUACUUUCCGACGCUGUGUUGUACUAUUUCAUCCUGUGGAAGCCGGCGAUAAGAAGGUCUUGAGGCUGAAGCAUUUGGUGAAAUACGCCGGAGGAAGUGUUACGGAUGACGCAAAUGAUCUGUCUGUAACACAUGUGGUAAUCGAAGGCGGCGACCCGAUGCAGGUGGGCGAGGCGGCUGAUAUGGUACGCAAGGAGCUGAGCUCGAGGCGCAUACAGCCAAGAGUCGUGACAGGGAAAUGGAUUGACGAGUGCUGGAAAGAAAGCACAUUACUCGAUGAGGAGCAGUUUGUGAUUCCUUGA